AUGGCCGAAACUGCAGACCUCAGUCAAAAGAAGCGCAAGCUCCAGGAGGGUCCUGAACUGGAGAUUGACCUCGCUGCGCCGGAGCCGCCAUCGAAGAAAGCACUGCGAAAGGCGAAGAAGGGAAAGAGCGUCGAAGGGAAGAGCCAUGAAACCGAGAAAUCAACUGCUGCUUCCACCAUGACGGCUACUACCGAGACCUCCGAAUCCAAAGAUGCCGACGAAUCGCAGGGAAAGCGCUCACAGUACGGAAUCUGGAUCGGCAAUUUGUCCUUCAACACCAGCAAAGACGAUCUUCGCCAAUUCCUUAUUGACAAUUGCUCUAUUACCAGCGACAUGAUUACAAGAGUCCAUCUACCAAAGGGUCCUGAAAAAUUCGGACGCCCGCAAAACAGGGGUUUCGCCUACAUUGAUUUCUCCAAAAAGAAAGCAGUGGAGGAGGCCAUUGGUCUAAGCGAGCAACUGCUUACCGGUCGCCGGGUGCUGAUCAAGAAUGCGAACAGUUUCGAAGGUCGGCCCGAGAAGUCCGCGGAGCAAGGUAGUGCUGCCGCCGCUACCAAGUCCGGCCAUCCUCCAUCCAGACGUAUCUUCGUGGGCAACUUGAGCUUCGAUGUUACAAAGGAGUCGUUGGAGGCACACUUUGCCAGAUGUGGAGUGGUGACAAAUGUCCAUAUGGCCACUUUCCAGGAUAGCGGAAAAUGCAAGGGGUAUGCUUGGGUGGAGUUUGAGGACAUUGCCGCCGCUGAAUCAGCGGUGAAAGGAUUUGUGAUGGAGAAGGAAGAUGAUGAGGAAGAGGAGGAUGAAGCAGAGGCGGAGGACCAGAAGCAAUCUGAUGAUUCAUCAGACUCAGAGGAGGAGGCCAAGAAGUCUAAGUCAAAACCAAAGAAGAAGUCCAAAAAGCCCUUUCAACGUCGGGUUUGGGUGAACCAACUCUUAGGCCGCCGUCUGAAAUUGGAGUUUGCCGAAGAUGCAACAACCCGAUACAAAAAGCGGUUUGGAAAGGAUGGUGAAGGGAGGAAGAACGAGCAACCGGCCAUCACUGAAGAGGGUGCUGCGCCAUCAGCGGAGCAACCCCGUACUCGCAGACAGAGACGUCCCUCUAUCGAUGAGUCGCGAUAUACCAAAGAGACUGUCCAACGACUCAGUGGUGCUAUCGUCGAAGCCCAAGGCAAGAAGGUCACUUUUGAUUGA